ACAAUUACUAGAAAGAUUACUACUACACAAAGAUUUCUCUUUAACAUCUCUAAUAAUUUUUUUAAUCAUUUUCAUCAUCUUUAUCUUCUUCCUAAGGACUCACUAUUCAUCUCUUUUUCCCCAAGAUUAUGGGCAGCAAAACGCCACAACUUCACAUCUUCUUCUUCCCUUUCUUGGCUCAGGGCCACAUGAUACCAUUUGUGGACAUGGCCAAGCUGUUUGCUUCACGUGGUGUCAAGUCAACCAUAAUCACCACUCCUCUCAACGCUCCUCUUUUCUCCAAAAAAAUUGAAAGGAGCAAGAAUUCAGGCAUGGAUAUAGAUAUCAAAAUCAUCAAGUUCCCUUAUGCUCAGGCUGGAUUAUCUGAGGGAAUUGAAAGCAUGGAGCCUUCUAAAGAAAUGGGGUUGGAUAAGAUAAGCCAAUUUUUCUGGGCCACUUCUCUGCUCCAAGAACCGCUUGAGCAACUGCUUCAAGAAUUCAAACCAGAUUGCUUGGUUGCUGAUAUGUUCUACCCUUGGGCUACUGAUGCUGCGAAGAAGUUCGAGAUUCCCAGGUUGGUGUUUCAUGGAAUUAGCUUCUUUUCAUUGAGUGCAUCAGCGUGCAUGGCAUUAUAUAAACCGUACAAGAAAGUCGAAUCAGAUGAUGAACUAUUUGUGGUGCCAAUUCUUCCUGGUGAAAUUAAGUUAACGAGGAAGACUCUGCCGGAUCACGUGACGCAGGGGGUUGAAAACUUCUUUUCCAAGUUGUUCAAAGCGGUCGGAGAAUCAGAGGUAACAAGCUACGGAGUGGUCGUCAACAGUUUUUAUGAAUUGGAGGAAACUUAUGCUGAUUUUUAUAGGAAUGCUUUGGGAAGAAAGGCAUGGCAGAUUGGCCCUCUUUCGCUCUACAACAGGGGAAUCGAAGAUAAAGCAGAGAGAGGGAGGAAAGCAUCCAUUGAUGAACAGGAGUGCUUGAAGUGGCUUGAUUCCAAAAAACCCAACUCAGUUGUUUACGUAUGUUUUGGAAGUACGGUCAACUUCAGUUUUGCUCAAUUGAAGGAGCUUGCGAUGGGGCUUGAAGCUUCAGGACAGGAAUUCAUUUGGGUGGUUAAGUUAGACAAAGGAAAUGAAGAGGUGGAAUGGUUACCCAAAGGGUUUGAGGAAAGAACGAAAGGGAAAGGCUUGAUAAUAAGAGGAUGGGCACCACAGUUGCUGAUUUUGGAGCAUCAAUCAAUCGGAGGAUUUGUGACUCAUUGUGGGUGGAAUUCAACCUUAGAAAGUGUGUCUGCUGGCGUGCCAAUGGUCACAUGGCCGAUUUUUGCUGAGCAAUUCUACAAUGAGAAGCUUGUGAUUAAUGUUUUAAAGAUUGGAGUUGCAGUUGGGGUUAAGCAGUGGGUGUGGGUGGUAGGGGAUUUUGUGAACAGAGAUGCAAUAGAGAAGGCAGUGAAGGCGAUAAUGGUGGGGGAGAAAGCAGAGGAAAUGAGAAGCAGAGCAAAGGCAUUUGGAGAAAUGGCAAAAAGGGCUGUUGAGAAAGAUGGUUCUUCUUACUUGGAUUUGGAUGCAUUGAUACAAGAAUUAAGUUUGCGUCAUAGUCGUUGAACCUAAGAAGAAAAAUAACAACAGAUUUCAAUGUAUGCAGUCAUGAAAAUGCCACAAAUGCUUUAAUUCAAGAAUAAUCUUUUGUUUUCUUUUACUAGGUUGUUUGGAACUUGAAUUAACAAAUUAAAUCUUC